AGCCGCCGGUCAGUACUACGUGCGCUCCAGCGGGUUCUGCUGGGCUGGUCGGGUUGCUGAGCCCCGGGGCGCUCUAGAACGCGGAUGCGCCCGGACGUUCCAGAACCCUGCAGCGUUCGGACGUUCGACCAUAGAACCCCGGGACACCGACCCGCUGCUGCUGCAGCCGUGAAACUGACGCCUCCGCGGGCUGCCCGAUCCGCUAUGCACCUUCACCCUCCGGACAGAUAACCAGAGCCGCGGACCGGAGCCCCGAGCGCAGCACGUCUCCCCCCACCCCGCCGAGUGCCGCCACCCCAAGCAGCACCAUGAUUGUUGCAGGCUCCGAUUGCUGCGGCUGCACGGGCAUCAAGGGCUAUUUACCCUGCGAGCAAUGUGGUGAUUUGAGGAAUAAAGAGGACAGAGGAAUAAAAAUCCCCCGGCAGCUGGGAAGAGGCCCGAGUUCCUUCAUCCCCGUGGAGGAGAUCCUGCAGGAGGGCACGGAGAGGGCCCAGCGGCAGCUCUUCAUUGAGGCCUUCGUCUCUGCGGGGAGGGUGGAUAACAUCACCAUGGUGAUGGGGCUGCACCCGGAGUACCUGGCCAGCUUCUGGAAGACACAGUACCUGCUGCUGCGCCUGGAUGGGCCCCUGCCUUACCACAAGCGCCACUACAUCGCCAUCAUGGCAGCGGCCAGGCACCAGUGUUCCUACCUGGUUGGCUUCCACGUGGCGGAGUUCCUGAAGGUGGGCGGGAACCCGGGCUGGCUCCAAGGCCUGCACUGUGCCCCCCAGAAACUGAGGAACCUCAACGAAAUCAACAAGCUCCUGGCUCACCGGCCCUGGCUCAUCACCAAGGAGCACAUAGAGGCCCUCCUGAAGACGGGCGAGAACAGCUGGUCCCUGGCAGAGCUCAUCCAGGCCCUGGUGCUCCUCACGCACUACCACUCGCUCGCCUCCUUCGUGUUCGGCUGUGGCAUCAACCUGGAGACCGACCAGGAGGGGGGGCAUGCCUUCCAGCCGCCUUCGCCACGCAGCUGCGACAGCAGCCCAGCCUCCGAGGACGGAGUGAGCGGCUCCAGCGGCAAAGAUGCCAUGCAAGAGGUGGAGGUGCUGAUGGCGAGGAUGAAGCUGCUUCAGGAGUGCCAGCUGGAGGAGGAGGGGGUCACACAGGAGGAGAUGGAAACCCGCUUCGAGCUGGAGAAGACGGAGAGCUUGCUUGUGGCCCCUUCGGUCGACAUUGCUGAGCAUGCUCUGCCUCCCAACGUCCUGUGUUUCGUGGAGGAUCCGGAGUUUGGCUACAAGGAUUUCACUAGGAAAGGAGAGCAGGCCCCACCCACCUUCCGAGCUCAGGAUUACACCUGGGAAGACCACGGCUACUCGCUGAUUAACCGCCUGUACCCUGACAUGGGGCAGCUGCUGGACGAGAAGUUCCAGGUCGUCUAUAACCUGACCUACAACACCAUUGCCAUGCACAGCGGGGUGGACACCACCAUGCUCCGCAGGGCCAUCUGGAAUUACAUUCACUGCGUCUUCGGCAUCAGAUACGACGACUACGACUACGGGGAGGUGAACCAGCUCCUGGAGCGCAGCUUGAAAGUCUACAUCAAAACUGUGGCCUGCUACCCAGAGAAAGCCACCAGGCGGAUGUACACCCACUUCUGGAGACACUUCAAGCACUCCGAGAAGGUGCACGUGAACCUGCUCCUGUUGGAGGCCCGGAUGCAGGCGGCCCUGCUGUACGCGCUGAGAGCCAUCACCCGCUACAUGACCUGACGGGGCUGCGUUCCCCACGCCCUGCCAGGGACGCGCCGCGCUGCGGGGGAGCCUGACUUCACCGACGUGGGUUUGGGAUCCGUCGGGAAAUACUCUGGGCCCCCUGGAGCGAUGGGCCUGAGGGGCUCCUCCCCCCACUCUCCCUGGGGCCGUUAGACACCGAACUACUCAGCCCCUUCCCCGUGUAACGAAGAACCGCCUCCGCCAUGCCCAGUGUUCCCGCGGAUGCUGCCCGGCAGGAGCCAUCCUGGGGCCUGUCAGCCAGGCUGCCGGACUCCACGGCCGGACUCCACAGCAGGACUCUUGCCGCUGCCUUGAAGUGGACGUGCCUUUAUAGUGUUAGCGUGUAACGAAAUCAGACUGAGCUCCCUCCCUCCCUCGCUGGCUGCUGCCCCCUCUGUGCCGCACAGGCCCAUCCUGAGGCUGGUGACUAGUGCAAUGGACAGCAGAGAACUGAGAUGCCGGGCCUGGGGCUGCUGAGGGGAAGGGAAGGGCCUUGCCUCGUACCAAAGGGCGCUCUGCCGGCGGGCUUACCCGGCUCCCACGAACGUGCGUCUCUCUUCUCCCUGCCCCCAUGGCCCAGCGUGGCCUCUCCGCGUGUGUUGCUGUAAGGCUGAGAGCCGUCCCGCCGGGCACUGGCCAUCUCCCACGGGGCCCGGUGGGGAGGGCCAAGGGCACAAAUUCCCCCAGCCCCAUGCUGCUGCCACGGCCACCACACUACGUUUCUUCUUGGCCGAGUGCCCCCUGCUCCUGCUCUCCAGAGCUUUGCUCCACUGAAUGCCUUUGGGCUGGGGAUGGAGGGAGAUCGGGGCACGGGUGGAAUGCCCAUGUCUGUGGGGCUGUUCUGCCCAGCCCCUGCCUCAAAGGGCGGGCAGGCGCUUGUCCGGGUAGGGUAACCUGAAGCCCACAGCCCCUUCCGCAGUGCUCAGCCCUGCAGACACGCCCCGGUCGGGCCGUGCACUGGGUGUGAGCCUCUCCGCCCGGGCAGUAGAGUUUGGGCCGGAAGCUCCUGCUGUCAGGGCCUGGGGGAGAGCCCCUGUGGACGUGAUCCCCUGCACUGCUGACAGGGGUCUCCAGUUCAGGGCUUGGAAGUGCCCAGUAGAAGCAGGUCUUGCCCGGGGGUGGCAGGCUGCAGCAACCUGGGCGCGUUUGUCUUGCACAUAUCCUGUGCCCUCAUGGUCCAUGGCGUGUGCAAGUCUGGCUCCCCUUCCUCUGAUCAGCGCGGUGUGGGGGGGUCUGUGCCGUGUGUGCGGAGAGCUAAAGGGUGAAACCUCCCCAGAACGUGUGUCCCUCCCGCUCCUGGCACCAGGCCGCCCUAGCCACGCACGGAGGUUCGAAACUGUGAAGCAAACUUGGAGGCUGCUCUCUUCACCUCUUGCUACUUGUACCUGGCUUCGUCCUGAAACCAGCCUCAUCCGCUCGCCCCACCCACCUCCGUCCCCUCUCUCAAGUGUCCCGCGUUUCAGCCCCCACGUUACCUACGUUCCUCCCAUGUCAGGCACCCCGUCCUCUCUGCUGCUGAAAAGUCUUGUCUCCGAAAUAGCCCUUGCUCUGAGGUCCUAGGAUGCAGGCGGUGUGUGCUGGAGGUGGGGAGCAUACACCGUGUGACGCUUUCUGAACGAGGCCUUUUUCUUUGUGCCUGUCAUUUUGGGUCUGUUUUGCGCAGCGUCCCAUGUCUGUUCUUGGUAGGUCGAGAGGCCCUGAGGGUAAAUUCACCCUCAGCGAGGCCUAUGUCCCGCUUACCGCCCUCUGUUCUGAAGCGGGACGUAAGUGGUGCAUCGGCCUAAUGCUAGAACCUCUGCACAUGGGUGAGUUUCCCUCCUCUUGCCAAAGACAGAGGGACCAUUUGCCUCUUGAGUCCACCCAGGAGGGCUGUGAGCAGCUCCACUGUGGACUCCACACCAGAACCAGCCAUUCAUUGCAGGAGUCAAACUGGGUGGGGAUUCUCAGGGUCUUUCUUAAUUGCUGUCAAUAUUUCAAUUAGCUAGAAACACAAAUGAAAUCAGCCUGACUUGCUGGCUGCUGUAAGAGAGACUACAAAGAGGGCAAAUGCUUCUGGGGUGAUGUCCACUUAAAACCAGGCAUAGAGCAAUUGAGACUUACGACCCACUUUUUCUGCCCGGGGGCAGAUCUUCUCUGGUCACGUUCCUUUUUUUUGGAAAGCAUUACACGAUGCAGGAUAUCGCGUGUGUUCUACAUGCUGCGUUGUAAAGCAAGGACUAUGUACACGCACCCUUGGGGUACAAUGCACGUGUGUAAUGCGUAUGUGUAUAAUAUAUACACUCCAUUGUAAAGCAAGGUUUGUGUACAAACAGACUGGGCUAUAUGUGUGUUUUUUAUUUUUACACACACACACGCUCCUUGCUCUUGCAAUGCAGAGUGUUGUGGGUGUCUCCUUUUCUCCGGCUAGAGGCAAUCCCUUUGCACAAGCGUGGGACCACUCUUCCCCCACUGUCGCACUGCACAUUCUGACAGCUGAUGCGCUGUGAAAUCAAGACGGUUAGCGCUGUUUGAGAUGGGCUGCCCCUGCUCCUUCAAGCUGGCUUCUCUUUCCCACGCCCGCGUGCGAGGUGACGUGCUCUUGCCCUGCUGGCAGGCUUGCACAGGGUAAGCUCUGGACAGCAGUAUCCGUUUGUGUUUGUGAAGUUGGCCAGUCCCCGUAUGCCAGUAGGGAGGGAUGGGAGACUGCAGUGUGUGAGACUUUGGAGGGGCGGGGGGAGGGGUGAAGCAGAUGUCUGUAGCUUUAUCCAGAUGUGCCACAGCAUUUCACACUCGUGCAGGUCACUGUGAAAUGCCCACUGUCUGAGCUUUGCCGGUCGGCAGCCGUUCCCUCCUUCCCACUCUUGCUUUCCCUGGAGUGUCUAGUGUGUGGAACUGACAGCCCCGCCUGUCGCUGUGGUGAAGGACCGGUCGCAGAGCCGUCAUUCUGUGUAAGUUAUUGUUUUUGGAUGGGUUUCCUCCCAAGUGGGGGUGAAAAUGCUGAUUGUUGUGACUUUGUUGCCAAUUCUGUUUUGAUGAGAA